AAAAAUAUAAUUCAAAAAAAUAAAAUAAAAAAUCACAAUAAAAGAAAAAUCAUUCAGAUGUAAAAAACACUGUUGUUUAUUACUGCAAUUUUUUUGCUCAUUUCUUUCAGUCACUCAAGGCCUAAUCGUAAUUUAGGAAAUAUCUUAAAUUGCUUUGCAUAAAUAGGUGAUGCAAUAGAAGAUAUCACUACUCUAGUCGCCUCUAUCCAAGAAAAUGAGGAUAUAUCUGUCAUACUUGAAUCUAUUGGAAAUGUUUCUGGUUAAAUAAAGCCAUUGGUGUAGGAAUGUUCUAAUCCAAUUUGCUUAGUUGAUGCUCAAAAAAGAUGUGAAGAAUCAACAGGAAAUUCUUGCGAAUAAUAUGGUGCUAUUAUGUAUCCUAAAUGUAAUGAUGGUUUCUUCAAUGUAGGUUGCUGUUUGUGUGAAUCAUAAUGUCCUCCUGGAUUCAGAGAUGAUGGAUUAUUUUGUGCUAAACCUGAUUCUUAUGGAAGAGGUGCUGGUUACCCUUGGGAAUUCGGUGAUGACUUAAACUUGAACGAUGCUUAUAACAGAUGCCAAAGAGAUAAUCCUUAAGGCUGUGAAUAAAACGGCUUAAUUAUCUACCCUAAAUGCGCUUAAGGUUUUCAUAGUGUUGGUUGUUGUGUAUGCUCUCCUAGUUGUCCAUCAGGAACAACCGAUAUCGGAGUUUCUUGCACAAAACCAGUUUAUGGCAGAGGAGUUGGUUUCCCAAUGUAAUAUAAUGAUUGCGAAAAUGAAUCAUCUUAAGAUAACGAUUCUUCAGAUUAUCUAUCACUUGAUCCUGAGUAGUUGAAAAAUAAAAUUUUAGAAUACUCCUAGAAUUUCAUGCAAAAUAAAGAUGACUAAGAUUUGUCAGUUUAGUUUGCAAUAGAAUUAUCAAAGAUUAUGGCUGCAUUAGAGGUCAAAUCUUCUAAUUAAUGA